CGCAUGCGCCGCGCUGGAGCCGGAACCGACGCCGUCAGUGGGCGCCUCUGCGCGCGCGGGAAGAUGGCCGAGCCGGCGUCCAAGUCGGUGCUGUUUGUGUGUCUGGGUAACAUUUGCCGGUCACCCAUUGCAGAAGCAGUUUUCAGAAAACUCGUGACUGAUCAGAACGUUUCAGACAAUUGGAGGAUAGACAGUGCGGCCACAUCCACCUAUGAGAUAGGAAACCCCCCCGACUACCGCGGGCAGGAGUGCAUGCGGAGGCAUGGCGUGCCCAUGAGCCACGUGGCCCGGCAGGUCACCAAGGAAGACUUUGCCACCUUUGACUACAUACUAUGUAUGGAUGAAAGCAACCUGAGAGAUUUGAAUAGAAAAAGUAAUCAAGUUAAAAACUGCAAAGCUAAAAUUGAACUACUUGGGAGCUAUGAUCCACAAAAACAACUCAUUAUUGAAGAUCCCUAUUAUGGGAACGACGCAGACUUCGAGGCUGUAUACCAGCAGUGUGUGCGGUGCUGCAGGGCCUUCCUGGAGAAAGCCCACUAGGGCAUCUCAGCUGCCGGAAUGUUCCCCGGGCCUCACGUGUGUCUUCCGUUGACUGUUUAUCUUAAAAAAUAAUUGUUGAUGGAAAUCAGUUGUACAUGCAGAAUAAGAAAUAAAAAUCUUAAGCCUU